UUCGACACAUCUAGAUCGUUCAGGUUUUAAUAUUUAGUUUGGCGUAUCAGUUAUACGGAACUUUGCCGGAAAACACAACAUGAAAUAUACACUAUUUUUGUUUGUUAUUAUUGGUGGUGUGAUUUCACAAGAUGUAGAUGUGUCUGGUAUAUCCCUAGGUCAGGAUGAAAUGGAUGUUGAUAUUUGGAGUGACGCAGAAAAAAUUUACACAAUUACCGUAGACAAUAUUGACGAUGAAAUCAUCGACAAGAUAUGCAAAAACAACAAUAUUAUCAUACAAGAUAGAUUAUCCAACGAAAAAAUUGAUUGUCGACAACGAAGAUGGAAUUUGGAACCUUUGGAGGUCAAAAAUAUUAAAAAAAGAAACGUAGAUAGUGAACAAGAAGGAUCAGGUGUUGAUCCACAUGAAGAGAAAGCUCCAGAUGAAGCUAAAAUUACGACAACAAAAGUUGAAACUGAAGAACAAAAAGAUGACACUAAUACUAGUACCCCCACAAUAAUAGUUUCUAAAGCUGAAGAAAUUCAGACUUCAACAGCUGCAAUUGUAACUGAAAAACCUACAACUACAGAAAUCGAAAAUUCUCCUACAACAAUAUCUGAAACUGAAAAACCUCUUCAAACAAUAUCUGAAACUGAAAAACCUCUUCUAACAACAUCUGAAACUGAAAAACCUGCACCCACAAUAAAUGAUAUCACAACUGAAGGAAAAGAUAAAGAAUUCAACGGUUUUAUUAAAAAAGGGCGAAAAAUCGAGGAUAUGAACGAUUACCAAGGAAACGGUGUUGCAAUUAGCGAAACUCAUGGUAAUAUUGAAGAUGGUUUUAAAGAAACUGGACCCAAACUGCUAAAAACAUCAAAACCUGAGAAUAUUCUUCAAGAAACUGAAAACACCCCAAAAGUAGGGGCAGCUUCAGCUGCAAAAGACUCCAACAUCCUAUUCUUUUUACUAGGAGGGGUAGUACUUGUGGGAGUUACAGCUUUUACGUAUAACUACGUUAAAAAGCGAAAAUUAAAUCAACCGUCGAGCGAAGCAACAGUCGAAGCUCCUAAAGAAAGAAGAGAGCAAGAAAUGAAACCCCUCCUAAAUGGAAAAACGGUGGAUGACCUCCCCACUACCCCCACCAUCGCCAUUAAAGAUGAAACCACAAAUGAAGAACCUGGCACAAGUGCAAACGCCAAGUGUUAAAGUGUUGUGUCUAACAACAAACUUUUCGAAUACAUUUUAGGCCAAAUUACCAACAAAUUUUACUAUAAUUAUAAUUUAUUUAACAAAAAACAAAGAAAUGUAGUUUAUUGAUAUUUCUUAUUGCACAGCUAUUUGUAUGUUUAUUUUAGACUUAAUAAAUAUUUGAA